GAAUUCCAGCUCCAGCCUGAGGUUUGGCUGCCAUCCGCCCCCAACUGGCAGGGGCCUGCGUCCAGCUCAGGCCCCCCUCUGAGGGCUGCUGUGGGGCUGAGCCGGGUGAAUCAGUUAUUUAGGAAGUGGCACCAGCGGUGUGGGCUCCAUGAGUCAGCAGGGCUCGUGCGGCCCUUACCUGCCGGCCAGGGAAGCGGGGGUGGCAGCCGGGCUGGGGGCUCCCGCUCCCCGAGCAGGGGGAGGACAGCAGCUAGAGGGAGCUCCUCCGGGCCGCCUCUGCCUGUGCGCCCCGGUUCCUUUCAUAGGCUUCCAGUCCCUCCUCCCCGCCCUCCUUCCCCCGUGAUGGCGGAGGACAGCGAGUCUGCGGCCAGCCAGCAGAGCCUGGAGCUGGAUGACCAGGACACCUGCGGCAUCGACGGCGACAAUGAGGAGGAGGCCGAGCACGCCAAGGGAAGUCCUGGAGGGGAUUUGGGAGCUAAAAAGAAGAAAAAGAAACAGAAGAGAAAAAAGGAGAAACCAAACUCCGGUGGCACCAAAUCAGAUUCUGCAUCUGACUCCCAGGAGAUUAAAAUUCAACAGCCUUCAAAAAAUCCAGCCAUUCCAAUGCAGAAGCUGCAAGACAUUCAGAGAGCUAUGGAGCUGCUGUCUGCAUGCCAGGGACCAGCAAAGAACAUUGAUGAAGCGACCAAACAUGAGGUUAUAACUUCUCAUGGUGCAAUUGAACCAGAUAAGGACAAUGUCCGCCUAGAGCCAUACUCUUUGCCACAGGGUUUUAUGUGGGACACUUUGGACCUGAGCAAUGCUGAAGUUCUAAAGGAACUGUACACGUUAUUAAAUGAGAAUUACGUAGAAGAUGAUGAUAACAUGUUUAGGUUUGACUACUCACCUGAGUUUCUUAUGUGGGCACUACGUCCUCCAGGCUGGCUACCCCAGUGGCACUGUGGAGUUAGAGUAACUUCAAACAAAAAACUGGUAGGGUUCAUAAGCGCCAUCCCUGCACACAUUCGGAUUUAUGACAGUGUGAAGAAAAUGGUAGAAAUCAAUUUUCUUUGUGUCCACAAGAAAUUGAGAUCUAAACGAGUAGCACCUGUACUGAUUCGGGAAAUAACCAGAAGAGUAAACCUGGAAGGGAUUUUUCAGGCAGUUUACACUGCAGGAGUGGUACUCCCCAAGCCUGUGGCCACAUGCAGGUAUUGGCAUCGAUCACUGAACCCCAGAAAAUUGGUAGAGGUGAAAUUUUCACAUUUGAGUAGAAAUAUGACUUUACAAAGAACAAUGAAGCUCUACAGACUUCCCGAUGCCACAAAGACUUCAGGUUUGAGACCAAUGGAACAAAAAGACAUUAAAGCAGUGCAAGAACUGAUCAACAGUUACUUGAAGCAAUUUAAUCUUGCUCCUGUAAUGGAUGAAGAAGAGGUAGCCCACUGGUUCCUGCCUCAGGAUCAUAUUAUUGACACCUUUGUAGUUGAGAGUUCAAAUGGCAUUUUAACUGAUUUCCUGAGUUUCUACACGUUACCUUCAACAGUUAUGCAUCAUCCUGUACAUAAAAGCCUCAAAGCUGCCUAUUCCUUCUACAAUAUUCAUACAGAGACUCCUCUCUUGGAUCUAAUGAAUGAUGCACUCAUUAUAGCUAAAUUGAAAGGAUUUGAUGUGUUCAAUGCACUAGACUUGAUGGAAAACAAAACAUUCCUGGAAAAACUCAAGUUUGGGAUAGGAGAUGGGAACUUGCAGUAUUAUUUGUACAACUGGCGGUGUCCUGGUAUGGAAUCCGAAAAGGUUGGUCUUGUAUUACAGUAAGGAGGACCCUUGUGUUUCUAGAACUCUGAAGUUGUCAUUUGGAUUGAUUUAAUCUACAUAACCGUUCUUGGAACAGUAUUGUUCAAGAGGAGUACAAGCACAACGUCAGUGAAAUUGAAAUAAUCCAUCAAAACUAAAAUAAUGAAGAAAUCCAUAUCUGACCUUUUACACAUUUUCAGAUAGAAUGGAAAAAGUUCAUGAAACUUUUAUUGUCCAUAAAAAGAAUAAAAGCACAUUCAUUUAAUUUUCAAAGCUUAGCUCGCACCUUGAUAAAAAGAAGGUAUUUUUUCCACUCUGUAGAAAAGACUGUUUUGUACAAACUGAACUGCAGUGGUGGAUUAGGGUACGAAAAUCUUGCUAUUAUGUGAAUGAACUGCUGCAUUUCUAUUUAUUAAGUGGUGGUGUAUGUUUGUCAGUGUAACAGAAUGAAGGAUCCAAACGGAGUAUCUUUGCUUAUAAAAUUCACAUGGAUGUCAUCAUUUGGGGUAAAAUAAUGGAGUUAUGAUACAUUUGUAGCUAAUAUGAAAGUCUUGGAUGUUUUUGUAACUGGCGCAGUAUGAAAAUGUGCUGGUUUGACUAGUGCAUUUGUUUCUCCAUAAGCAACGCUGCCAAAUCAAUAAAAAUACAGAUUUGUACUUUGAUCUUCAAUAGAUCAGUGGAUUGAUUCAGUAGUAUUGCACUGUUCAGUGCAGAUACCUAUGUUGCCAGAAUGAUUAUAAAUUACUGUACUUAAUUUAUAGUUGUGGCACAAAACCUUAGUUUUUCCUCAGUAGAUCAACAUCAGCCUGUGUGUAAAACUAAGAAUUUUGGUAAUGCUAUCAAAAUAUUUAUAAUUUUGAAUGUUUUCAAUGCUUCUGCAAAAUUGCACAUAUUCCUUUGUUUACUUUGAAGUCUGUAAUUCUAACGAAAAGUAUCUUGUGUAAAUAAGUAUUCAUAAAUUGUUACUGGUAGUGUUUUUAUCCUGAAUUUUGAACAACAGGUUUCACUGUACAUAGUGCCAGUAAUCGAGAGAGAUACAUGCUUCUCCUUCUCCCCUGGAAAGACUAUGUACUGGCCUUAACUUAAAUGCAACAACCUGAUUUUUAUUUCCUCAUGAAUGCUCUGCAACUAGAAGCAUUUGGUAUACACUCCAUAAUGCCAUACUCACAGCUUAAACUGUGAUGGCAGUUCUUAAGAGUUUAGGUAUGCUACAGUCACAUGAGCAGCAAAAUCUACAGUUCUAGCUGAAAGUGCCAAAUACUGGUGAAGGUUACAUGCUGUGCAGGUAUUUUGGACAUUACUUGAAUAUUUGGUAAAAUAUUUAUGGAUAAACCUGGCUUUAACACCCCCAUAAUUCUAAAUGUGAGAUCAAAUUUUGCUCAACUUUAGGAGCUGUCUGAAAUUAGCAAUGUAGCUAGAGAUAUUUAGUUGUACCUCUUUAUCACUGGACUUAACAUGUCUUGUAUGGCAGCUUAUUUCACAAAAGUCAUUCUUUUAUAAUGGAAGGGGACUCUACCCCAUGUGUACAGGGGUAACAGGCUCUCAGGCUUUGUCUAAACUGUGAUUUAAAGGUAUAUUGCUAGCUAAAUGUGUUCUAACCCAUACUAAUACACAGUUACUCUAGUGUGCACAGUGCAGUCUGCUUCAAUAUGUGCUCAAGUUAAAGCACACUGCCCUUGUCUACAUUAGACUUUGAAAGGUAGUACAUUCCAACACCCUAUAGUUAGCUUCCAAUUAUCUAUAGCAGGAUUUUAUUGGCCACUUAUGUUGUUAAAGCUAAAAUAGUUUGUACCUUAGAGUCAGUGAGGGCCUAUUGCUGUCUAUACAGGCACAUCCCGGAAAGUUGACAAAUCAACUUAACCUUGCAUUGAUGUGCAUAAGUUAAAGCCUAUUAACCACUCACAUAGAUGCUCUCAUGCAAGAAUAAAGCAGCCUUAUCCGCUAGUUUAAUUCUCUGCUAAAGAUUGAGGAUUAAACCAGUGGUUCCUGAACUUAUUAAUGUGAGCCACAAACUGCAUUUUGUCUUUUUUUGGACCUACCAUUACCCUCAGCCCCAGCACUGCAACCCUAUAUCCCAUCUAGGUCCAGAGGAGGUGGGGGGAGGGUUUGGAGAGUUGAGCUCACCCUAGACUCACGCCACAGUGGCAGCUCCUGUCCUGGGGGCAGGGGGGGUGGGGAGGAGGAGGGUUGGCCCCAGCUGUGAGUAUUGCAAUGUGGUGCAUGAGGAUGCAGCACCACUCAGGUUUGCAUGCCCCCCCAAGUUUGACAGAGGGAUGGCCAGGCUAAAUUUGAGUGAAUGGGGUUGCAGUACCACUUGGGUAGGCAAGCAAAUUUGAGUGGCACUGCAUCAUGGCACACAGGGUUGCAAUGCCAUUCAUGUUUGGCCCUUCUACUCCUCUAUCAUGAUAGAGUAGCUGCACCAAACUUGAGUGCCACUGUAACCACAAGGAUCAAGUUGCAACACCCAGCAUGGGGAACUGGACCAAGUCCCACAGGACAAGAGCUGGGCAGGUUUUCUCUCCAACACCCCUACCAUAUUGGGGCCUCCCAUGUGCACCAAACUGGGAAAAGUGUAUAUUAGCCUAAGUCUGGGCUCAGCAAUGGGUUAUUCUGACCCUGGACGUGGCAACCCACUGCUUGGGAAACACGGUCUUAAACUACAAGGCCAUUUUAUUCCUGAAUGAGAACAGCUAUUGGUGGAAGGGUGGUAAUGUGCUUUAAUAUAGUUGAUUCAUCUUAACUUUCCUGAGUGACAAGCCCCAAGAACACACAUAGCAAGGCUAAAAAUUAGUAUCUGCCUUUUUUUUUCCCAGGCAGGGGCCUGUGGGCAUUUUGCUAUUAGAAGCCUCUGCUACAUUUAACCUUCCAAUAGCCUCAUUACGAUGGAAUCACUGCUUUUGACCUUUUUAAUUUGUUCCCUUAACUUGUACAUGAGUGGAGGGAGAAGUGGAAUCCAGAAUACAGGUAGCCUAGAUAAUCUUUGACCUGGAACAUGGAAGUUUAUCCCCUAUUUAAAAAAAAUAAACACAGGCUCACUUAAAGAAAGAGGUUUUUGCUAGCUUUCUUCCUGAAGGACAGGAGUAGCUUUUGAGUAAAAUGUGAGCUCUAAGUAAACUACUUUAUUUUGUUGAGAUUAAUUAUACACUUUUUUUUAUUGGAGUCUGAGCUGCUUCACUGUUCCCUGCUUCUAAACAUCCUUACACAAUUUCCUGCAAAAUAUCUGGUGUGUGCACUCAUUAAAUUCUACUGUUUACUAUGGCAGUUUCUUAAAGUGCAUUUCCCUUCAAGAGUUAAGUAUCAUACCAUUUUCAGCUACUUGGAAUUAUUACUUUAAGGUCAGGCUUGACAAAGCCCUGGCUGGGAUGAUUUAGUUGGGGAUUGGUCCUGCUUUGAGCAGGGGGUUUGACUAGAUGACUUCCUGAGGUCCCUUCCAAACCUGAUAUUCUAUGAUUGUAUGAUUACAAUUCUUACCUGCCAUUUUACAUACAACAGUACAUAAAAUAUAUCUGAAGUUAUUGGAAAUAGUUUCUAAACUCUCCCUUUAUGAAAUAGUUUUGACACUUAACUUCAACUUUGUAUUAUGUGGAUUCUGUGAGAGACUGUCACGGUUUGCAUACAGCAGUCUUUUUUUAAAAUGCAUUUUUUCCUGCAACAGAAGUAUUUAAUUAUUCAUGAUUAUGAUCAAGACUAAUGUUUUCCUUUAGCAUAUCAGAGACCAAAUAUAUCUGGAAACCAGUUUAGCUUGCAUCUCUUGACCAAAACCAACCUCGUAGAGCAGAGUAUUGACAUUCAAAAACAGAGCCUGUGUGUGUGCCUACCAGUUACAGAUGUUUGCUUGAAACAUCUUAUAGACGACCAGCUUUUAAAAACAAAGUUUAUACCAGCAUGGACACUUGUUUGAAUAAACUUUCAAUUUUGAUAUUCA